UAUUGGCCAGAAGGUAGCCAAUUAAAACUGCCGUUUUAUUCUGAAAGUCAACGCGCGAAGGAAACGCGGUGACAAGAUGGCCGACCCCAAAGAGGCCAACAUGGAAGAAGCGACUAAUGCAGACUCGAAACAGCAAAAGAUUGCUACAGCUGUUAAAUUCUUACAGAAUCCUCGUGUCCGCUCCACACCAAUGUCCCAAAGACGGGCUUUUCUAGAAAAGAAAGGUCUGACAAAGGAAGAGAUUGAUCUGGCAGUUGAGCAGUCAGGCACUGCCGGAGAUGUGGUUUCUGUCCAAGCACCAUCAGCUAUAACCCCAUAUCAGCCCCAGGUCCAAAGGGUUGCCCCUUUGCCCUAUACCUGGCGUGGGUACCUUGGUGCAGCUGUUAUUGGUGGUAGUUUGGGCUACAUCAUAGUUACAGUUUUUAAGAAAUUCAUUCUCCCCCUUAUCACGCACAAGAAGCAAAAAGAUGAGAGGCUGAGAGCCAUUGAGAACUCUGUGGGUGAACUCAGUAACAGUGUAAUGGACACAGUUGGAGGUGUGCAGACCACACUGGAUUCUGUACAGAAACUUCUGAUAGAACAGCAGAAGCAGAUCAUUUGUCUGUCAGCUGACCUGUCUUCAACCCAAGAAAAGGUGGAACAGCUACCAACAGAGUCUUACUCAGUCAAUGACUUGAAAUCAGAGAUCAUUUCCCUUAAGGGCCUUCUGCUAAAUAGAAAGGCAUUUCCGUCGCCCCUUGAUAAUUCCACGCCCGCAGGCAUCCCCUCCUGGCAGAGAGCAGUCACAGCAGGGGCAGAUUCCAGGACAACAGAUUCUGCAUCAACUUCAUUUGCUGCCUCCAAGAGGAAUAAGGAUGGGGGUCAAAUUACUGAAUCAGGGACUUAUAACAGCAGCAGGAAAAAGGCUUCUUAUGAGAGUGAACACAAAUCAAUGAAUGGUGAGAUCUCAAGUGAAAAGAAAAAGAAGACACCUGAAAAGAAAGAAACUCCACCUGAAGUCCCCCAGGAAAUGGAACAUAGCCAUCACAGUAAUGAAAGCAGCGACACUGACACCCCUAAUACAGUAAAGUCUGCAAUAACCAAUGAGAAUCUAGACGAUGCUGUUCUUGUCGACAGUCAAGACAUUAGUUUGCAAAGUAAUGAUACCAGUGCCUCUUCCCUGUCUGACAUGUCUGCUAAUGCAUCAUUUAAUGAAGAGUCCAUCGCAUUUUCUUCAACCUGUAUUAAAGUUCCUGCGGAGGCAUCUAAGUCUGAGGAGUUGCCAAGUGCAUCAGCCAUAGAAGUUGACUGAGAUGAGUGCUAGUUGUAUUUCUAGAUACUGCUAGUUCACAGUUACAGUGAAACACAAAAAGUGAGCCAUGCUGGCAUUUUUCAGAAAGUGGGCAAAUCUUGACCACCGACAUGGUAUAGUGAUCCAGCUGGCUGCCAAUAUGGUUACAGUGCUCCAUGCUCAUUAAAUAAACACUUGGAUUUAUUUUUAAAAGUCAUUGAUCUGAAGCUGAAUCCCCAUUGGUCAAAAAUGGGCUGCAUGGUCUGCUUUAUCUGUCUUCACUGUAAAUGAACCUAAACUAUAAGUUAUGUCAACAACAGUUUAAUUGGGUUUGUUGCUCAAAGACCAUAACAUCAUAAAGCAAUGUGGUCAUUCUUGAGUGAGCAUGUCAAUAAUUCUAGUAGCUGUGAUUGGUAGCAUACUAUCCUUAUCUAUGCUAUAUACAUAAUGCAACAUUCAGACAGAUUGGAAGAACAACCUUUAUUGUAAUAAUAUUUACACUAUAUCUAACAUAACAUGAUAAGAAACUAUUGUAUAGUUUAUACACUCUUCUUAGAAAUGUAAUAUUUUUCAAAGAGAUUCGUCAAAGAACAUUACAUGGAACUGUGCAACAUAUUCAUCAAUAAUCAUUAAUAAACUAUCUCAAUGCUGA